AUGGAUCCCGACAGACAAACAAGGGCUCUAGGGCCACACUUUGUUUCCUCACAGAUUUCCAAGACAGGAAAGGAAAUCAAGGAUUUUGUGGAGGCUGAAGCAGGAAAUGACCCUCUUCUCAAAGGCGUCCCCGAGGACAAGAAUCCCUUCAAGGAGAAAGGCGGUUGUGUGAUAAGCUGA